CCGGUGCCCCCAUUCUCCACUCGGACUCCGCUCUCCUGCCCCGCUCUCCCUCGGUCCCUCCCAGGCCCAGCUUCCAGCUCGCUCUCCGCCGCCGCUGCUAUCCCGCUCUCUCUCCUCUACCUCCUAUCCUCCCAGUCCCAGCCAGAGCUGUCCUGCUGGUUCUCUGCGUCUGCUGCGCUCCCGCCGCUGCUGCUCGUGAAGUUAUUCCUUCGGAGAGGCAGUGUGUUUGGAUCGUUUUGGUCAGCCUCCUCGGAGUUGUUUGACUUGACCGGAUCGGACACUGUUUGGUGGCUCAAUCGGCCGCGAUGCCGGACUCCGACAACGACGAGUCCGGCGGGCCGAGCAACGCGGACUUCUCGUCGCCGCGGGAGCAGGACCGGUUCCUGCCGAUCGCGAACGUGAGCCGGAUCAUGAAGAAGGCGCUCCCGGCCAACGCCAAGAUAUCCAAGGACGGCAAGGAGACGGUGCAGGAGUGCGUGUCCGAGUUCAUCUCCUUCAUCACCGGUGAGGCCUCCGACAAGUGCCAGCGCGAGAAGCGCAAGACCAUCAACGGCGACGACCUCCUCUGGGCCAUGACCACGCUCGGCUUCGAGGACUACGUCGAGCCGCUCAAGCUCUACCUCCACAAGUUCCGCGAGCUCGAGGGCGACAAGGCGGCCGCGGGCUCGCAGCCGCCGCCGCCGCCGUCGUCAACGCACAAUGGCGCGGGAGUGCCCGUCGGCUACGGCAUGUACGGCGCCGGCGGAGGCAGCGGCAUGAUCAUGAUGAUGGGACAGCCCAUGUACCCGCCGGCCGCGUCGUCGGGGUACUCGCAGCAGCCGCCGCACCACCAGAUGUCCAUGGGCGGGAAAGGUGGCGCGUAUGGCCACUGCGACGGCUCGUCGUCAUCGCCGUCAGGGCUCCGCAGGCACGACGGGUUGUGACCGUCGCCGGCCGUCCAUGCUUUUUGCAUGGCUCAAGAGUGAAGGGGCCCGCCGGCGCCGGCUUCUUGCUUGUUGUCGGCAAAUAGCGCCGGCCUACUGGCCAAGUUGACCUUCGUUUUUUUCCUUUUCUUUUUGUGGUAAGUAAUGUUGUGCUGAAUGGAGCCAGUGAACCAAUAUACGUUCCUUAACCUCUUGGUAAUCC